CGUAAAGCACAGAGAAGACAACGGGCCACAAACGUCAAAUCAACAUAUUGACAAGGAGCACUGCGUGGCGUGGAAGCAGCGAUCUACGGGUCUCCAGGAGAGUCACUUCGUCUUCAUCCAUAUCUCUCCUCUGAGGUGAAUGUUAACUCUAGGCUUUUCUAGACCAGUGGCCUACAACAUCCUCCUCUAAAACUAGAACGACCUCAGUGCCGGUGGAUAACUCCCUCCGAAGCACACCUAGUGAAUUUGACCUGACAGUGGAUACUACAGCUUCCAUCCAGACAGCAAACCAAAGCAGAGCAUUUGCAUUGCUCCUUUUUUAAUAAUUAAAUCAUAACUUUGACUAUUUGUAUUCCCUUUUUUGCAAGGAUUCAUAUAGCUGUGAGAUUUUUUUUUUAAAAUCUAUAAAAAUGAGUCCUGGAAUGGAAGCAGUGGACAUAGCUGUGGUAGCACUGUAUUUUGUCCUGGUGCUAGUCAUCGGGUUUCUUGCCAUGUGGAAAGCCAAUCGCAGCACUGUGAGUGGCUACUUCCUGGCUGGACGCUCCAUGACGGGGAUAGUGAUAGGCGCAUCACUCUUCGUCAGCAACAUUGGCAGUGAACAUUUCAUAGGCCUGGCUGGGUCAGGAGCAGCAAGUGGCUUUGCUGUUGGAGCAUGGGAAUUUAAUGCACUUCUACUUCUGCAGCUUCUUGGCUGGGUGUUUGUCCCUGUGUAUAUCCACUCGGGAGUCUACACCAUGCCUGAGUACCUCUCGAAACGCUACGGCGGCAACAGGCUAAAGGUUUACUUUGCUCUCUUGUCUGUGUUACUUUACAUUUUUACAAAGCUGUCUGUGGACUUGUAUGCUGGAGCUCUCUUUAUUCAGGAGUCCAUGGGGUGGAACCUUUAUGUGUCUAUUGUACUGCUCAUCAGUAUGACUGCACUGCUCACUAUCACUGGUGGAUUGGUGGCAGUAAUGUACACAGAUGCACUUCAGGCAGUGUUGAUGAUUGGUGGAGCCCUAACCUUAACUAUCAUCAGCCUAGCCAAAGUUGGUGGGCUAGAGGGUGUCAGAACUAAGUACAUGCAGGCAGUUCCCAAUGUUUCUGCUAUAAUGGCCACUGGAAACUUCACCUAUUCUCCUUCCUGCCGCAUUGAGCCUAAACCAGACUCGCUACGCAUCCUUCGAGGUCCCCUAGAUGAAGACAUCCCAUGGCCAGGCUUCAUUCUUGGCCAGACCCCUGCAUCUAUUUGGUACUGGUGUGCAGACCAGGUCAUUGUUCAGAGAGUACUAGCAGCAAAAAACAUUGUUCACGCUAAGUGUUCUACACUCAUGGCUGGAUUUCUCAAGAUCCUGCCCAUGUUUUUAAUAGUCAUUCCAGGAAUGAUCUCCCGCAUCAUGUUUGCGGACGAGAUUGCCUGCAUUGGGCCAGAGCACUGUAUGGCUGUGUGUGGUUCUCAGGCUGGCUGCUCAAACAUUGCCUACCCACGCCUGGUCAUGGCAGUGAUGCCUGUGGGCCUCAGGGGUCUGAUGAUGGCAGUCAUGAUCGCUGCCCUGAUGAGUGAUCUAGAUUCGAUCUUCAACAGUGCAAGCACCAUCUUCACACUGGACAUCUACCAAACUUUUCGAGGGAAGGCGUCUCAGCGGGAGCUGCUGACUGUGGGCCGCAUGUUUGUUGUGCUCAUGGUGACGAUCAGCAUCGCCUGGGUACCUGUUAUUAUUGAAAUGCAAGGUGGACAGACAUACCUCUACAUCCAGGAAGUUGCUGGCUACCUCACUCCACCAAUUGCUGCCCUCUUUCUGCUAGGUGUGUUCUGGAAACGGUGUAAUGAGAGGGGUGCAUUUUGGGGAGGCAUGACAGGUUUCACAUUUGGUGCCCUACGACUGAUACUAGCUUUUAUUUACCGCCAGCCUCCCUGUGACCAGCCAGAUGAUAGGCCUGCCUUCAUUAUUAGUGUUCACUACAUGUAUUUUGCCGCUGGGCUGUUCUGGAUAUCAGGAUUGGUGGCAGUGGUGGUCAGCCUCUGCACCUCUCCACCAGAUGAGGAGCAGGUUCGCACCACCACAGUCUGGGGGCUCCGCUACGUUGAAAUGGUUACCACGAAGGACCAAGAUGAAAUGUACAGACUGACUGAGAAGAGCCAUAGUAAUGGCGAUGGAAGCCUCCAUAAAGAAAUGCCCCUGGAUGUCAGAAAGGAGAGGUGUUUGGAUGGGGUGGAUGUCAAACUCCUGGUCCCAUCGACUAACUGUGACCCAGCAUCCCCUAGUUCGGAAACACCCCCUGCCACCACUCCUGCAGAACAAAUUGGUAAUGAAAGGGUGGAGAUGAUCAGAGCAGAAGAAGGCUGCCAUUGUAAUGGGGAGACUAGCAGGUGUAUGCGUUUUCUGGAAUGGUUUUGUGGAUGUAAGGAGGGUGCACAGAGCGUUCAGCACAAAGUAGUGCAGGAGGAUGCAAGAGUCAUUGCAGAGAUGCUGUAUGAGACACCUAGAGUUAAACUUCUCCUCAACUUGGGACUGUUAUUCGUCUGCUCUGUGGGCAUCUUCAUGUUUGUUUAUUUCUCACUGUAGUUGAACCCUGCACUGAACUAACGGGGACUGGUAUGGGGGCUUUUAUUGAGGUGAAAGUUAUGUGGGGGGCUGGGGGCUGUUACAAACAUUUGAAUCUUCAGAGAUUUGAGAAGCUCUGUCUGUAAUAUUUACAGUUGUCUUUUGUAGCUCUCUAACAGGGAUCUAAGCUUAUUCUAAUCAUUUUUUUUAAAUGAUUAAAGCUUCUCCACACAAGACAAAUUGUACUCCUUUAUGACUAUGAAGCUUAUUUGGCACUGGCGUGUCCAUUUUGUACAGUGCUUGUUGUUAAUCCUGCAUUCAGAAUAUCUACUGGUAUUUUUAGAAUUGUUGUACUCUUAAGUGAAUUUAAUAUUUGCCUUAUAUGCACUUGUCUUUUUUUGUAUGGUGAAAAACAAAUGUAUUCUGUGAUUUGAGCUUUUUUCCUCACUUGUUGAAAAUAACUGUAGGCUUAGUUGAUGGUGUAGCAUACAUACGUUUCUGUAUGAUUAUUACAUUGUAUCAGCAGAACUUCAAGUAUGUGAUUACUAUUUAAUUUUUAUUGUGCCCUGGACAGUCAUUUCAAGGUUAUUAGCAAAUUACCUAAUAAAUAUCCCAUUUAUUUUGCUGAAGAGAAUAAGUAGAAAUGAACUCUCUUUUCUUAAGGGGACCAUUAUGAAGUUUGUAAAACAAGAGUUAAUAUUAAGUGCUAAGAAGCAUUGCUUCUCUGCUGCUGUUGUAUAUGGCCAUUAUGUUUAUGGUGACUAUCAUAAAGACUGGUGUGAUUUAGCCUACUUGCAGGUAUUGCAUCAAAAAUAGUCAAGCUUACAGUAAAUGUAUGGUAUUUUGAAUAUGUACGUGCUUUGCAGCACGGGAAAUGAAGAGAAGAAGAACAAGAUUAGAAAUUGUUAUCCUUUUAAAAAAAAAAAAAAAAAAAAAAAAAAAAAGUCAUCCUAAGAGAAGAAACUUGAUAUAGUAUGGUACGUAUUCAUUUUGAUUGGCUGUCCAAUGUGUUAUCACUGUAAGGGACUUUAUAUAUUGUGAUUUCUACUAUUGUGUUUUGUUUUUAAUAUUUUUUGUGUGUGGCUGUUUUCUGUUACAUUUCAAAGCUACCAUACAGCUUUUUAUGCACUAUUAUUGUAUCAUAACAAAAAGCCACAAGUACCAAUGCUCAUGAUUCUGUAUCAAUUUACAUUUUAUGCAUCUCACAUCGGAAUCUCUUGUAUCUACUGUGUGUCAACUGUGUGUCAAUGUACCUUUAGUGCACUGCGGUCUGAAAUGUCAUUUCAUCUUGUUUCAAGUGCAUCUUUUAUAAACCUCUUACCACAUGUCUUUGUGUGCAAUGCUAAAGUAAAAGAAAACAAAAAAUAAAGAGUUCAGCUUUAUGUCCUGAAAAUGUUGUGCAAUGAAUACCACUUUUGUUUAAAGCCAUUUGAUUAACAGCUUCGUCAUAUAGUACAUUUUCAGUUAGCUGCAGAGAAUGAAAAUGCAAAGCAGAAAUGACAUUUCAGACGUUUGGUGCAGGAUUAUCACUGGAUGAGCUUACUCAUGACAUUAUCAAGGGUAAUUCAACCAGGUGCAUUAAGUUGCUGGCCUUCUGAAUUUUGGUCAUUAUUUCCACAGUGUAAGGUGUCCAGACAUCAACACCCUCACUCCCAGAAUACAAAAAAAUAAAGAAAAACAUUUUGUGUUAUAUGUAAUUUUGGAUUUGUUGAAUGACCUCAGUCCAAAAUGUCAGUGUUAUAAUGUGACAGACCAAUCCUUUUUAAUGUCAGGCAUAAAUGAUGCAUAACAUAUGGAGGAUUGAUAAGUGAUGAUUGCUGUAUGGGAAAGAGCUUUAAAACCUUUUUUCUUUCUGAGAGAAUAUACAUUAUUUUUAUGGAUUUUAUUUUUAGAGACUGAAAAUAAAGUUUCUGUGGAGACAAAAAGACAAAUGUGUACUCAUUAUUUACAGUUGGAGGAUAUGCUUUCUUGCCACACUGGCUAACAUAGUCAGUUUUGCUCAACAUUAAUUAGUUCCUUGUAAAGUCAGGUGAUUUGUUGACUUGUUGGGUACUAAAGAAUAUUGCAACACCAGAAACAUUCUUUAUUGAUCAUGUGAUUAUCAGCUGGUUCCAAGUUGUAAGAAUAUGUCAGCAUCUGUUUUAAUGAAAUAGCAGAAGGAGUUUAAUUCAGACCAGAAUAGUUGUGGACUUUGAAAUUUAUCUCAUGUGGUUUUGAAAUUUAUCUCAUGUGGUUAUGCUGAUACUCAUUUUAUUACAACUCCUGAGUAACUGCAUUAUUUGUCAGUGAUGUUUUGAAACUUAUUCCUGCAUGUGGUGAUUGAGAUUUUGUUUUCAAAAGCCCUAUAUAUUUUGGGGCUUUCUGUUAUGGUUGACCAGGAUUACAUAAACCCCAACAAGGCUUUAUUAAUCUGCUCAGAACCAGAAAAGGACUGGGUGAUUCCAAGCUUCUUUACAUAAGAUUCAACCGAUCAAAAAGCCAGGAUCAGUGGCUUACAAAUGUCCACUUCUUACCAGUUUAGAGCCAUACGUCCAUUUAUCCUGUCGACCAAACCUCACACUUCUGUAACUUUCCAUAAUUAAGAGUGGAUUAAAGGUUACCUUGUGAAAAUACUCUUAAAAAUGUAAUGCUACUUGUUAGGAAGCACAGAGGCCAAUGUGCGAAAUGCAAAAAUAAGCAAUAUCAAAAUGGCUCACAUAGUUAGGUAAUGUUCACUAAUACACUAUUUUUAAGAAUGACACAAUCAGAGCUCUUGAAUCAAUCUCUUUUAGUCAGAGGGUGGCAUUUAGAGGGCAUGAAAUGUUUUCCUAUUUGGACAGUGACUCAUAUCACUAAUGUCCUAUGACUGCCCAUAGCAACAAGUUAAAAUGUAGCAUGCACACUACAAAAGGGAGCAUGUGGGUAGCAGUUGGGAAUGAAUUGAGAAAAUAACCUGCCUUACCUUGACAAAAGCAGGUAAACACGUAACUCUAUUAGUAAUUCGCUAAAUGGAAACCUUUGUUUUAGUGUUACCUCAAAGCCUUACCUUUAGUUCCUCGCUUGAUUUCAGGAAGAGUACAUUUCUCUCAUGAAAAUGUGAUGUUGAUCUGUGCAGGAAGAUGUGAUUAAUGUUUGUGCAUCAUUCACUCAACCAUGAGUGUGAAUGACUAUGAAUGUUUCAUCAUGUGUGAGGAUGACCUUAAUUCACCUCUGCUUGAAGAGAGCUACAGCCCUUUACACCCUGCAGCAUAUGUCAAACAAAUCAUUCAAUGAAGAUUAAAUGCCUCCCAAUGUUGAUUCUGAGCUGAGAUUGGACAAUACCUUCUCUGUCCCUUAAAUGUUAUCACUACUGUGGUAUUAGUGUAUUUAUUUUCUGGGGUGGAAAGUAACCAAGUACAAUUAUUUAAGUACUGUACUUUUGUAUGGAGAACUAAAACUGAGUCAUUUUUGAUUUGAUUAGAGUAGAAGUAGAAAGUAACCUAACACUGAAAUACUCAUUAAAAAUACAAGCACUUCAAAAGUAUGGAGCCCCAAAACUGACAAAAUGUAGUAAAAGGUAAUCCGUAAUAUAACUGAAUGCAUCAAUAAAUAAUAUUGUUAAAUCAUUAAAAUGGAGUGUAAAACAUGAUAGCUUCAUACUUUUCUUUUAACCUCCAAUCACUUGGUAAAAGACUGAACUGUAGUCUACAGGCAUGCUUGCGGUUCUGUUAAGCUGUACUUAUGCAACCAGUGCUUUGAGCUAAAUGCUUGAUUUAUCUUGAUUCAGCGUGUUGGCCUGCUAACAUUUGCUAAGUAGCACUAAACAAGAACUACAGGUAAGGAUGAUGGAAAUGUCAUUAGUUUUUCAGGUAUUUGGUCAUAAAUCAAAAGUAUUGGACAAAUUACAAUUUGAUCUGAUUAGGGGGCUGAAGGCAAAGUCAAUCAAAGUGAUUACAAUUCAUUCUGAAGGGGAACAUGAAUGUCUGUACCAAAUUUCAAUCCAUCUGAUAUUGAGAUAUUUCACUCAAAACAAAGACCUGCUGGUGGCGAGGAUCACAAAAGUCAUUAGGAUACAUCCUGUGGGGAUCAUGAAUGUUUUUGUAUAAAAUUUAGUUCAAAUACAUUUAGAUGUUCAAAUAUUUCACAGGAUAAGUGAAACCUUUGACCUGCUGGUGGCGCUUAAUCACCCAAGUCACCUGUGUACAACCUCUGGAUACAAUGGAUAUCUGUACCAAAUUUCAUGUAAAUUAGUAAAAUAGUUGAGAUAUUUCAGUAAGGCAAAAGUGCGCUAGAGGAAAAGUCAAAGGAUCACCAAAGUCAGAGGAUUCAUACUUUGGAAACCAUGAAUAUCUGUACAAAAUGUCAUUGCAAUUAAUUUUAAUAGUUGGUGAGAUAUUCCAGACUGGACCAAAGUGGUGGACUGAUCGAGAGACUGACAUUGCCACUAGCAUGGCUAAAAAUUCUAUUGUGUAAAAAAUUAUAUAGCUUUAUACUUAAUACUUUUCCAUUAACCUCCAAUCAGUUAGUAAAAAAAUUAUAAAAUAAUUUUAAAAUUAUAGAUUAAACUUCCCAAGACUAUAAGCAGUUAAAAUUAGCUAAACCCCUACCAGCUACGAAUAUUGCAUUUACCUGUUAAUGCAUCAUGCAUCUCCAGUUCUUUUGAUGCUUUAAAUGCAUUUUGUUGCUAAUACUUCUGUACUUGACCUUGAAUACAGGACUUGUAAUAUUAUUUUAUAAUGUUGUAUUGCUACUUUUACUUAAGUAAAUGAUCUGAAAACUUCUAAAGUUUUAUAGAUCAUCUUUACAACUUUAGCCAUUUUUAAAAGAUGGAUAGCUCUCACGUAAAUGCACUUAUUCAGUGGAUACUCUACCUGUGCACAAUAACCCGUGCUUGUGUUUCCCCUCUAAUUGUAUACUUAAGCUCUCUGUGUUGGUGUUAUUUACAUUACUGCUGUAAGACACAACACACACUUCUGAGUUUGACAGUGCUUCAAACAAGUUUGAAUUCUCUUUGUAACUUAUUAUCAUUCUGUGUCUCUUACACACUUUGCUUACUCCUCCACAAACCCCCACCCGACUCAUACCCUCCCUCUUUCCCAAAAGGAAAAUAAUGAUAUUGUCCUUGUGGAAAAGUACUGGCAUCCAGGCUAUGCUUUGUCCAUUGUAUAUUUUGGACAGUGAAAACACAGACAAUAGUCUGAAACAAAUGCUUCAAAUGGCUUCACAGCGUUGGAAUGAUGAUAUUAUUAGAUGGAAUUAAUUAGGCUGUAUGCAUUAUAAUCUGUCAACAGCUUUGUGUAACAUGCAUAAAAAAAAUAAAAAUUGUAAUUUUAUAUGAAUGUAAUUAUAUAUUGUAUAGUUAUUUUUAUGCGGGGGGGAUUCAUCAUCAGCAUAUUCAGUGAAGCCAGGAGACAAAGUAUGCCAGUCUUGCAACUACCAAGCCCCAUUGCAUACAAGAACAUAGCCAAAUACGCACAAUAUUUUAAAUGGUCCAAAAGCCUAUCCAUUUUUUGCAGCAAGAGUAUCAGUGUGAUAUUAUUGUUUAAUGAUAAUGUUAAACUGCUUGGCAGCAGCUCAUAAUAAACCAAACUGUUUACCUUGAGCUGGGUGCUCAAGUUAUAUUAAGCUCAGGGGUUGAGGAGGUAACGUUCGUUGACCAUGAUGCUCGGCAUUAUUUUAAUAAUUAAUAAUUAUUCAGUAUUGCUAAUUAUUUCUCAAAACUUCCUCAAGCAUUCAAUUCUUAGGUAAAUAACAACAGGAAAAUGAUUUCAAAUGUUUUUAUAUUUUGCAUCUGGCAGAAAGUGCUGUGCAAGUCUGCAGCAGGAAGCGCUGCAGCACCCGCAGAACCCCUACUUCUCACAGCCCUGAAGCUGGGGGAAACAGCUAGCCUGGCCCUCAAAGCUCAAAAUUCUGCGUACCAUCACCUCUAAGGCUUACUACUUAUCUUAUGUUGUUUUUUAAAUCUGUACACAAUAGAAAUAUAAAAUCGACAAGUUGUAGUGUUACAUAGUUACGCUGAAACUAUGUUUUAGCAGGCAGCAGCUAGGUGCCGUAACUUCCUGGAGCCAAGCUAAGCUAAUUGCUUUGGCUCUGGCUCCAUAACGCAGAGACAUGAGAGUGGUAUCGAUCGUCUCAUCUAAUUCAAAAAAGCACAUAGGUCAAAUUAUUCCUUUUACUUCCCACUGCCUGCCAAUUAACUGGGGACAGCACUGUCAAAAAGAGGUCCAUCGCUACUUUCCACAAUGUUUCUUUUGUUACUCUGUUGCUGCAUGUUUCCAUUGUUUGUGAUUCAGUAUUUGUUGUUUUUUAUUAUCAUUUAUGCAUUUAUUUUUAUAUAUCCCUCAUGUUCCUGCUUUUGCCUUUUGUGUUCUGUUUUUUUCUUAUGAUCUGAAAAUAUCAUCCACCACAUCAAGAAAUAGAAGUUUGCUCUUGUAGAGGGUCUGUCUUUAAAGGUGGUGGUGGCUAAAUGGAGUGGGGGAUAAAAUACAUUAAAAUAAUACAUUUACAGGUAACAGAGGUAGCUGCAUUUCCUGGUGUAUGUUUAAAACUAACUAUGAUACUUAAGGUUGGUGGACUGUGUAAACACCUGGGACAAUGAUGGAAAUAAGUCCAGGACGUUAUUGUUCUAUUCCUAUAAAUAUAUUAGACUGUUGUCGAUAAAGCAAAAAGCAAAAACUUUACCUGUGAAGGUGAGGUAAAGGCUGUUGUAAGUAUAUUUACAUUUGAAACACAAUUAUAUCAAUGUUUAUGCUUUCACUUCAUGCAUAUUUUGGUAUUUAUUGCAUUUUGUGAUUUGAACUGUGUUUUCUUAAUGUUUGUGCUUUCACUUUUGUAUUUGUUUUAUGCUUACAGUAGUAAUGCACUAUUCUUUGAUCCAGCAGCUGCAUCCAGAUGCACAUUGCAUCUUGUUGAGCUGGGGAGGAUGUGACAACUUUGCAAGUUGGGUUUACAAGGCACAAGCGUCAGAAUGCCUUUAACUCCAUAUGUUUCUGUCAACAGAGAGGCAGUACCAUUCAUGCAACAGCUGGGUUCAACAGGGAUGAGUGGCAGUUAGGCAGUUCAGGGUGGAGAAUUGUGGGCAUUAGGCCUGCUGACCUCUCUCUCUAAUAGACAGAUGCAAAUUUCCCAUCCCUUCCAUCAGGAUAACCCAUUCAGUAUCAAUUCUGCUUCACAAGGAGUCCUGGGUACAUAUUGAAAACAAACAAUAAAACUAUGAACACACUGAAACAUAUUAAACAAUAGUAACAGUCAGCACAGUCAUCUGCAAGGCUUAUAUUGAAAAGCCUGGAGACUAGUUUGUUCUCUUGUAGGGCUCUUCAGCUGGUGAGGCUCUUGAACGCAGCCUUUUUGAAUACAGGGGUUUCCAGAAAAUUAGGACCCAAAAUCCAAAAUCCUUUGCUGUUGACUCGGUGCGACCAUUGGGCUGGUGGUGGAGCCCACAUAAACAGUUCUGUCAGGUAUUGGGGGCCAAUAUGAUGCACAGAUUUGAUUUGAAGACUGUAACACAGUUACUUUAAUUCUGUUAACUAUGCUUUCAAUACAAGCCAUUUGCAGAAGUUUGACUAUCUUUGUAUGGUCUUUCAGAGUCUGGCCUGUCAUAAGGCAAGACGCUCUGUUGAUAGACAUGCAGCUCUGCUGAAAUAAGUAAUUCACUACCAAUGUUUUCUUUACCAGUGAUGCCAAUGUAAACUGCUUCAUUUUUUAACAUACUUCAGGUGGUUUGAUGAUAAGCAUACCGGCUGCACAAGCUAGUCAAUCAGCUCACUUGGUGAAGUCUCUGUUUGUGAGGAAAACCUGCAUUGCUUUGCAUUACCACGCAGAUGGCUGCCAGUCUCUGGCCUGUAAAGGAAGUGCAGCGGAUGUCCGCAAGUCCACAAACUUUCUAGGACCUCAGCACUUUGCAUCUAGGAAAAUCAGAGAUUUGAGUGAUCAGUGAAUAUUGAUGCAUAGUGUAUGAGUGAGUAUUACUAUAUAAAACUUAAUGUUUUAUUUUGUCUACUCCUAUUAAUUAUGAAUUACCUCAACCAUAUCAUUGCAACUAAAGGAUGAAAUCAUGGUUAUUAAGACUAUACUACAACUAAAAAUGAAAGUGACAGAUCUGUUUUCUGAUAUGAGCUGAGCUAGUUAUUGUUAUUAGCAAGUUACAUAUGUACAUAUUACAUAACGUUUUACGUUUGUUUUCCCAUCACAAUGAAUACCUUUUUUGCACUUAUUUAGUCAUUUAAUGAUUUUUAAACUAAAAAUGUCUAUGUUAUUCAUUCUUAUUGGGAUGAGAACAGAAGCAGCUGUUUAGGGAAUGUGGAGCAAACACAUAGUCAAUGCGUUCCUGUCAUUCCCCGUGCACAGCCCCGACUAAACUAUAGAGGCAUGCCUGGUAUUCUGGCAUGAAUCCAUGGAAUAGGGCUUAAAUGGCAAAAGGAAAUAUUUACCUCCCUUAGUAAUAACAGUGGGAAGAAUAGUGUAUAGGGCAGCAACAGGAGAAUCAAUGACGCAUGCGGCCUUUUCCCGUCUUUAUGGGUCAAACUGACCAGUGACAACAACAUUCUUGAUUAGUGACAAAUCAACAGCACGCCUGAGUGUCAAGUGUAAACUGCUGAUAAAGAGUUUGCUGAUAUGAAAACACUUAGUUAUUGAUAUGAUGCAGAAACUAAUAGCAGUUUAGUUUGUAUGUAAUGAAGCAAACCCUAUCAGUUCUCAUUCUUAGAGAAAAACAAUCCUUAUCAUAUUUGCCACAUGGUCCCUUAAUAGCAUGGGACUAUGAACUCACUGCCACGACAUCCAGAAAGUAGGUGAGGGUGUAUGGACAUUUAUAAGACAGUAGAGAGGGAGACAGUGAUGGCUCAGGUUAGAAACAUGUAAUAUUUCAAGCCUUCUUGUACUAACAUGUUUUGCAUUUUCCUGGAAGAAGCAGUGUCAUAAUUGUGUAUGAUAGAACUAGGCAUUUCACCAAAUGAUAAAUAGCAGUGUUAUCAUAGCUUUAAAAGGCUACUACUUUCGAAAUAUAUGAUUUCAAAUGACUUUAGAAAUCUUCUGUUUGUCUUAUGUCAUUGUUUUAAAUACAUUAGCUAUGAAAAAUGUUAGGAAAAUGCUAGUUAGUCCUCGUAAACUUUUGACUUUUAAAAGUAAGCCAUGAUGUUUUGCAAUACAUACUUUGCUGUCAGUUAAACUGAUUAUCAAACUGAGCACUGAGUAACCUAAGCACUGCUGCAGGUGUGUCAGUGUGAUCCAAUUUAAUGCAAAACAGAUUAAACGAAAAUAUGAUGGCUAGUCCUCUUUACUUAAUUAUUGACCAUUAAAAGUAACCCAUGCUGUUUUAAUAAAUACCAUUGAUACUCGAUCAGUUCAUUUAUUGACAGAUCUGCUGGAGUUAUGGUAGCGACGUAUAUCACUAUCUAUCUAUGCCUGGACGCCGCCCAGUCAAUAAAAAGUAAUUGUACUGGUUUACCAGACACUCCUGACUGUUCUGGAACAAAUUUAUGUGAUUAAACAGGAAGACAAUUAUCAUUCUAAUUUUCAACCAAUCAUCUUUUUAAAUCUACGUUACCAGUUUUGUCUCUCUGUUAUUGUAGUCUAAACUGCUUUGCCCCUCAACCACCCCAUUGCCCCACAGCCAUCACCAGUGUCAGGCCUCGUCAAGGUGUCCAUUUAUUUUUAGGUUGUAACAUUACAAAUUGAUCAAAUUGAUGUGGUCAUCACCUCUUUUUUAAAGAAAGCAUCUGUUCACUUGUGGUGUCUUUACUGACAGAAUUGUCAAAUGACUGACGUGUUGCACAAAUUCCUUGGACCUAAGGUAAAUGUGACUGUAACUUUACUCUUUGGUUAAAGGGGUUAAUCAAGCCUGCUGUCUAGCAGCAUGUUGUCAUUUUUUGAUACUACCACAGGGGCCACCAAAGUUAGAACUUUUCAAACUCUACACACAGCUUUAACAAGUCAAUUGAUAAACAAAUUUAUAGCAGAAACCCAGUGAAUGUGUACAAAGAAAGAAAGGAGUGAAGGGGAAUAGUCUUGACAAACUGUUGGUUGGUUUUAUCAUGAAAUAUUCUUGCCCACUCUUUGUAAGUAGCUGUCUAUCAAACAGCAAUUAAUCAUCUUUGUGACUCAACUGUACUUGGCUGUCGGCCUAUGUUUUGUGCUGAGUUGAGAGAUUUGCAGAGGUGGAGCAUGGGAAAAUAGCUAUGCUAACUAUCAAUAACAAGGGUUAAAUGCAAAUGCCAAGAAGUUCUUUGUUUAGAGCCAAGUAGUCAAAACACAAAGUGGGUUUAGAUUCAGAUACGUGGAUCUGGCCAAUCACAAUAUGGCCUCUCGAUAAAAGAAAGUUAAAAGUAUCAAAAUGAGCAGUGAUUAACUCUUCCAGGAUCUCUGUUUUGAACAUGGAUUACAGAUUCCUCCAGGUCUGUCAAUGCCGGGCAGACAUGUCAAAUGAAUCUUCACUUACAGCUGCAUCGCCAUGCAACAAUAAUGUAACUUUGACUGUCAUGAUAAAAACAGUGUGACUUUAACAUGUAACUGUCACAGUAUCUCUGGAUAAUCUGUUCCAUUAUGAAACUCCUGAUGGUCUCAAAUCUAACCCUAACCCUAAUCCAUAAUAAACCUGGCCCUGAAUCUAUAUUGAUCACUGCUCUUGUUAGGCCAGAGUUCAGGUGUAUUUACCUUUACAGCAGCUCAGUGAGAUAACAGAUGUGAUCAUCACCUGCUCCAGGAAAAGGGAGUGGUAACAGAAGCAAGAAGCAUAAUGUACGUAUGUGGAAAAGUACUGCUGCAUUGUCCUUCAAGGUCAAACAAAUCAGAAGGGAGAGAUAUGGAGGAUGACUCCCAUCCCAUCCAGCAGUAAUUGUGCUCAUUCAUUAUGCUGACUCCUUACUUACAGAAGACUGGUUUAUGUUCAUGCUUUAUGAAUGACAUAACACCAGUUCCCCACAAGCACACACAUACACACACUAACAUAGACACUUAACAUGUGAGGCAACAGAACACGCUUUGGAUGAGUGCAUUCAUGUCAAUGUGCAUAAAUAAGUAAGCACAGCAUACGGUGUCAGUGUGUGUGAAUCUGCAUUUCAGAGUUUAUGUAACAUUCAAGCCUAGCAGGGGGGUUUAUGGUUCACUGGCUACUUUGGCACUGCCCUCUCUUUUGCAUAUGCCAGUUGCUUUGGGGUUUCCGUUGCUGUUCUGGUCCGUCUCUGACCCCUGAUGUUUAAUCCAGCCAGGCUUGUGAUGAUGUCAGAUGGCCUUUGGUUAUUUCAGUCAUAGCUUUGCUGUCCUUAACUUGUUUACACCCAGGGGGGAGCUGUAUUUCACAACAUUUUUGAUGUACUUUGAAUUAAUCAAGUAUUUCUAUCAUAUGGGCCUUUUUGCAUAUUUAAAGUAUGUUGAGGGUAAAAGUAUUCCAGCUUUAAAGCAUUGUUCGGUAACAUGAUAAGGUACCCUUUAUAAAGGGUUUAUAAGUUGUAAUUAAUUGUUUCCUUAAUGGUUGACUAAUGCUUUACAGAUAAGUUGUAAGCCAUUAAUAAGAACAACUUUUGGGUGGCCAGAUUGUGAAAAAUUCCUUUGAGUGGUCGGACCAUUUGACCACUUAUUUGGACCAAAGGGUCCUUUACAAAGGGUGCCUUAUUAGAAAGUUUUAGAAAAUGUUACAGAAUAACGCUUUGAAGCUGGAAUACUUUUAACCUCAAUAUGCAAUGUUGCAUCAAAUUAUACCAGGGUGUUUCUGCCAUUGCAAAAAAUUUGUCUGCUAUAGCUUACUGCUCUGAGUGAGUUUACUUCGUACAUAAUGUGGGAAGGAUAACAAAGCUGUUUAGGUUGAUGCAGUACCCCUGUCCUUCAUUGUGAAAAGCAUCAGAUGUUCUGGUCCCCUGUUGUCAGUUCAUUUCAACACACAUUGUGUUGUAACAGGCUUUCAUCACACUGAGCCAACAGAGAAAUUCCUGAUCUUCUAAAGAAACAUUAAGUUGUGAAGCAUGAGAUUGAGGAAAAAAUCCAGGGUCAUGACAAUGUGGAGGUUUGGAUACACUUAGAAUAUUUUAUAAUAAGCCCAUAUUUGCACAUGCAAAUUUUCACUUGUAGGUUUUGCACGUGGAAAGCCCUGCAUUUGCAAUGUAGAUAACAUUCCCUUUUUUAUUUCAUAAAACCUUUUUUUGCAUAGAACAGUUUAACAUUUUAAAAGACAUAUUGCACAUCAGAUUAGGGUCU